UUCCUCUGAAGUGACGGAGCUAACCACGGCAUCGUUAACCCGGUUUAUGGAUUACCAGCAGCAGCAACAAGCAUGCACGGACCUGCUGCACCCCCUGCAAACAUGUUCGAUACAGUCCCUGGAUAUGAAGGAACACUGGCUGGCGGAGGCGGUGGGUAUCUUCCACCUCCCAUGCCAUCUGUACCGAUGCCAGCGCCUGCACAGGCCCUCAGCCCACCAGUCUGGCAUAUACCCUCCAUCUCAGAGGACAGGGCACGUGCAGCCUUCGCAACAUAUGUCUCCAGCAAGUGCUGCUAUGGUUCUGCCCCCGUCAGAGAGGGAGUAAUAACCAAUAUGGAGUCCUUUAAUACCUACAGGUAUCGUUUGGAGACGUUCAUGGAGUCCAGAUCUACUGAAUGGAGUCAGGAGCCUUACACAGGUCAGCCUGUGGAUGCUGGUGUUCAGACUGCUCCAGGUCUGUGGCAGAUUACAGCUCAAUCUCCGGCCUUCUUUCAAGAGCACAAGCAGACCAUUAAAGUGCCCUAUACUUCCUCAGUCAAGAACUGUCAUUUGUGUCUGGGAAUGGGAAGAAACCCCUGUACCACCUGUGCUGGAGCUGGAAAUAAAGUCUGUGGGGUGUGUAAUGGUUCUGGUUACCGUCAUUCUAAUGACCGCUGCACACACUGCAAUGGGCGCGGACGUGAAAACUGUACUUCAUGUAGCAGCAGAGGCUCUUGCCAGUGUGUCACCUGCCUUGGAAAGGGAAAGCUACUCGUAUUCAUUAACCUCAAUGUUAAAUGGAGCAUAGAGAAGGAUGAAUACGUAGCGCAGGAUUCAAGUGGUCUGAGAGUGGAUAAACUGGAGGAGGUUUCGGGGAAGGAGCUCUUCAAAGACGCCCAGUUUAUGGUCUAUCCAGUGAGGGGCUUUCCAGAUGUUUCUGUUGCACAAGCUUCUGAGCAUUUAGUAAGAGAACAUCAGGGGAAAUACGCCCCAAAAUCCCGCAUAUUACAACAGAGGCAGACAAUCGAGCUCAUUCCCAUAACCAAAGUGAACUACAGGUGGAAAGGAAAGCCUAAUUUUUUGUAUGUGUAUGGAAAUGAGUUUAAAGUGAACGCUGAUGACUAUCCCGCCACCUGCUGCUGUUCUGUCAUGUAACAUCAAGCGAUAUGACUGAAAUCUUAUAUCUCGAUAACAAUAUAUAUCACAAUAUUUUUUUUCUUUUAAAAAGUGUUUUAUGAUAUUAAAAUCUUUGAUAUCAUAGAAUUUAAAUAAUCAUUGUCACCAAUGUCAGUAUUAAACUUUAUACGAGCCUAAACAGAGACAU